UUGUUCCCGUACCAUCCCCAAUUAGCUGACACACUCAAUUCGUACGGAACCGAGAUUUACAGCGUCAAACAAACUCACUUGUCGAUUUCCCACGGAUGCCAGCGACCGCUAGAGUUUGCCCCCAAACUGAAACCCACCCACCGGAGCAGCACGGAACACCGCAGUGCCACAGACGCCACCCGCCCCCGAGUGGAGUAGCCAGCAAGGCCAGCCAGCAGUUUCGAAAGCAACGCAGCCCGCAGAUCUACGCAGCCGUAAACCAUGGUCAAGCUAUUUGCGUUGAGCAUCUUUCACAAGGGCGCCAGCGAGGCGCGUCUGCUGAAGACGGCGUCCGACCUGCAGUCCUUCUCCUUUUUCCAACGUGGCACCGUUAACGAGUUCAUGACCUUCGCCUCCAAGACGAUUGUGGAGCGCACUCAGCCGGCCCUGCGGCAGUCGGUGAAGCAGGACGCCUACAUGUGUCAUGUCUAUGUGAGGGCCGACAAUCUGGCUGGCGUGCUUAUAGCGGACCACGAAUAUCCACACCGUGUGGCCCAUACGCUCAUCACAAAGAUCCUCGAUGACUUCACAGCCAAGGUGUCGGCAGAUCAGUGGCCCAAUGGCACAGAAGCCACCAUCUCGUUCGACGUACUGCCGGCCUUCUUGGCGCGCUACCAGAAUCCAGUGGAAGCCGAUCCCCUCACGAAAAUGCAAAACGACCUGGACGAGACGAAAAUCAUACUGAAGAACACCAUUGAGGCGGUGCUGGAGCGCGGCGAGAAACUGGACGACAUGGUCAGCAAGUCCGAAAAGCUGUCACUGCAGAGCAAGGCCUUCUACAAGACGGCGAAAAAGACGAACUCGUGCUGCAGCUUCACCUAGGUCCCAUCGCAUUGCCCUCGUCUCCUCUCACAAACACACAACCAUACUCACGCUGGAACAGGAAUAGGAACAGGAACACCAACACCAACACCAUUUGCAUAUGCAAAUCAAAGAGACCACACAAAGGAUAACACCAACAAACAAACAAGCGGCAAGGAAACAGCGUGGCCUGGAGUUUGCUUGCUUUUUAUAAAUGAAUUAGUUAAUUUUAUAUAUAAAACAUAUACUACUGUACGGAUAGAUAAAGCUGAGCGUGUGUGCAAGCCCCUCCUGCCCGCAAGCCCACCCCUCCCCGAUGUUAACUCGUCUGUGUCUGUCGCGGGUCCUGUUUGUAUGUCUACGCUUUGGAUAUUUGGAUGUUAAUUAUACCAAUACAAAAUGAACUAAAACAUGCA